AUGGCCACCCCGGCAGUACCGGCGAGUGACUCUCCCGCCACGCCAGCUCCAGCUUCCUCGGCCCCGGCCCCAGCCCCGGCUCUGGCGGCAGACUCGGCUCCAGCUCCUGCCCCGGCCGCUGCCCCAUCUUCGGCCCUGGCGGCAGCUCCUGCGAUGGCUGUGGCUGCUGCUUCGACUCCCGCCUCCGCCUCGGACUUGGCGGCCAACGUGGACACGACCCCGGCUCCCAGCCAGACGCCGAGCUCUGCGCCAGCCCCAGCGCAGACCCCAGUGCAGGCGCUGCCCGGCACCGCCCUCCCCGGGCCCUUCCCCGGUGGCCGCGUGGUCCGAUUGCACCCAGCCAUCUUGGCCUCCAUCGUGGAAAGCUAUGAGCGACGGAACGAGGGCGCUGCCUGUGUGAUUGGGACCCUCUUGGGAACCGUUGACAAACAUUCAGUGGAAGUCACCAAUUGCUUCUCAGUACCCCACAAUGAGUCAGAAGAUGAGGAUGCUGUUGAUAAGGAAUUUGCUAAGAAUAUGUAUGAAUUACACAAGAAAGUCUCUCCAAAUGAGCUGAUUCUAGGCUGGUAUGCUACAGGCCAUGGCAUCACUGAGCACUCAGUGCUGAUCCAUGAGUACUACAGCCGGGAAGCCCCUAAUCCCAUUCACCUCACAGUGGACGCAAGCCUCCAGAAUGGCCAAAUGAGCAUCAAGGCCUAUGUCAGCACUUUAAUGGGUGUCCAUGGGAGGACCAUGGAGGUGAUGUUCACACCUCUAACGGUGAAAUAUGCCUACCAUGACACUGAGCGCAUUGGAGUGGACCUGAUUAUGAAGACCUGCUUUAACGCCAACCGUGUGAUUGGACUGUCCAGUGACUUGCAGCAAGUAGGAGGUGCAUCAGCUCGCAUCCAGGAUGCCUUAAGCACAGUGUUGCAGUACGCAGAGGAUGUGCUGUCCAGAAAGGUGUCAGCUGACAAUACCGUGGGCAGGUUCUUGAUGAGUCUGGUUAAUCAAGUUCCCAAAAUUGUCCCUGAUGACUUUGAGAUCAUGCUUAACAGCAAUAUCAAUGACCUGUUGAUGGUGACCUAUCUGGCCAAUCUCACACAGUCCCAGAUUGCCCUCAACGAGAAGCUCGUAAAUCUGUAAAUGGACCCCAAACAACUGUUCUGCCAAACUGGCCUCAUUACCAGGACUCAGAAUGGAGUGAAGUGAGGUGUUUGAGUUUUUUUGUUUUGUUUUUAUUGAUUUGGUCACUGAGUCAGCUGCUGUGACUUUAAAUAAAAAUAACCUAUCUUUUAUAAAAAUAUAUAAA